UAUGCCUAGAAUCAGGAAACAUGAACCUUGUUCAGGGUUUUAGCAAGCCUGAGCUUGCCAUAAAUCAUGAUCAAGCAUGUGAUGGUCAAUCGGCAGUUGGUCAAAUAGAGGUUCAAUGGCAUCAACUCCAAAGUCAACCGACAUCUAUGGCAAGCUCUAAGUGGUCCAAUGAACCGUCAUUUGAGGCAUUAUGGGAUUCACAGAUGACCCUUUCCCCUCUGAAUGGCUUGUUUAAUAUCUCAACUUCGAUCACUGCUACAUCAACAUCAAGAGGACACCAAAGAUGGGUGGCUGAGAUUGAUGACUCUUUGCAAAAAGUUGGGCUCUGGCUUGGAACUUUUAAUACUGCUGAGGAGGCAGCUCGAGCAUACGAUGAGACUGCUCGGAUAUUGCAUGGAGCUAAUGCCGACACCAACUUCGAGCUGCCUCAGUCAGCUUCAAAUUCGUCUGUGAAUCGUGUCUCGUUUGAUAACAUUCAAUCACGAGACUUGCACCCUGAAUCGACAAUCGCGAAACUUUCCAAUAAACGUGUUAGGGGUUCUGGUGAUUACAUGAACAAGAAAAAGCUUAAAGCUAUCAAAAAAACUUGUAGGGACAAUGCGUACAAGUUUUGGCAUAUUGACGCUGGGUUUUGGUCUCAAGCUAUUGGGUGUGGUGCAAGACCAAGACCACGUGUUUCACCUUCGACCAGCAAUUCACACUGCCAUUCAGAUGCAGCGAGCUGCACUCCUUAUGUUCCUAGUACUGUUUCCCAACAGGGGUCGUCGACGACACAACAAUUUCCUGAAGAAGUGCAAACAUUGAAGUCUAAUGUUUCCAACAUCAUGACGCAGAUGGCGCAAAUGAAUCAGACACUGUGUAACAUUCAGCGGAUGUUGGAACCCAUGAUGCAGUUACAACAGCGGUCCCAACGGCAGUUCCAAUUUGUUGGUGGCGGAGGCAGUCAUGUAGGAGCCGGUGGUGGCAAAGAGAAUAGCCCUCCUCAGUGAUGCACUUAUGAUCCAUCCCAUUUCCUAUUAUAAUAUGAAUGUUUGAAUAUUUUAUUU